AUCUCAACAUCCAGCAUAUUUUUUCUUUACGUGUAUUUUGUCACGAUACGCAAACUAGCGGUGAUGCCACCUAAUUUAUCUUACUGUAUUCCGUUAGCCAGGCUAACGUUGGUUAGCUUGCUAGCCAAGAUGAAGUGAUGUCGACACCUUUUUGUGGUAAUGCGAGAACCCUGCCUGUAUCUCACAUUUUGCUGCCACGGGCCAUUUUGCCAACCUCGUUUUAAAACGCGUAAACACGGCGUGAUGGAUUUGGCCAUUGCAGUAACGUUGCAGUGUGUGUUGCCAUUUGGGGGUGUAGAAGUUGAUAGAGCUUGCAGCUACAUUUUGGCGCAGACAAGUAUGGAAUGUAGCAAUGCGAAACGAUGUGUCCAGACUCAUCAUCAGAAACACACUCUACACCUGCUGCCAUGUGCUGUUUGAUGGCCCAGCAGGGUGGCGUGGUGGCCGGCUUAGAAUGGGACAGAGCACCUCGGGACCCGAGUCCCCAGACCCUCCAGAGCAGGAAGGCUUUAGCAACAUCAAGACCUUUGUGGAGGAUCAACUACAGACCAGCAUGAUGUUGGGCAUCGUGAUUGGCGCCGGCAUCGCCAUCGUCCUCAUCGCCAUCCUCAUCUUCUUCGUCAUGCGGAGGAUACAGCUGCGAAAUAUCGAAUCGCAGGAAGCUCCCAAGUACAGGUUCCGGAAAAGGGACAAAGUCAUGUUUUACGGACGCAAGAUCAUGCGGAAAGUGUCCCAGUCUACCUCAUCUCUGGUGGGCACUGCCUCCUCCUCGCGUCCACGCCUCAAGAAGAAGCAGAAGAUGCUCAACAUUGCCAAAAAGAUCCUGCGCUUCAAGAAGGAGGUGCCUACCCUGCAGCUGAAGGAGCCUCCUCCCUCCGUGCUGGAGGCCGACCUCACCGAGUUCGACGUGGCCAACUCCCACCUCCCCUCUGAGGUCCUCUACAUGCUCAAGAACGUCAGGGUGCUGGGCCACUUUGAGAAGCCCCUGUUCCUGGAGCUGUGUAAGCACAUGGUGUUCCUGCAGUUCCAGCAGGGAGAGUAUGUCUUCCGGCCCGGCCAGCCCGACUCCAGCAUCUACGUGGUGCAGGACGGCAAACUGGAGCUCUGCCUCACCGGACAGGACGGUAAGGAUGGCGUUGUGAAGGAGGUGUAUCCAGGAGACAGCGUGCACAGCCUCCUCAGCAUCCUGGACGUCAUCACCGGCCACCAGAGGCCGUACCGCACGGUGUCCGCGCGGGCAGCUGAGAUGUCCACGGUGCUGCGGCUCCCAGUAGAGGCUUUCCUCUCCAUCUUCGAGAAGUACCCCGAGAGCCUGGUGCGCGUCGUGCAGAUCAUCAUGGUGCGUCUGCAGAGAGUGACCGUCAUGGCGCUGCACAACUACCUGGGCCUCACCAACGAGCUGUUCAGCCAUGAGAUGCAGCCCCUGCGCCUGCUGCCCCUCUCCCCCCACCCCACCCGCAGUAGCCCUGUACGCCACGGCAAGCGCUUUGGAAGCCUCACCGUCACCGAGGAACACAGAGAAGCCGCCGUCAGGGAGGCUGCAGAACGUGAACAGGCCAAGGAGGGAUCUACGGUGCCAACGCUAAGUCGCGCAAUUUCCAUGCCGGUGGACAUCGCUGGCAUCCAGAAGGGUCUCCGCUCUGACUUCGACAUGGCCUAUGAGCGGGGCCGGAUCUCUGUUUCUGCGGAGGACGGCAACACUCCGCCCACCUUUUCACGGUCGGUGUCUCAGGAGCAGAAGGAGCGCAAGUCGGUGACGGUGGACGAGGUUCCGUCGGGGGUGUACCUGUACCCCGAGGAGGACGCCGGCAGCCUGGACAGCGUCUACGGCCCGUUGCCCGGACGACCCAACGCCGCCCUGUUCGAGGAGGCCCAGAAGGAGAUCCUCAAACUCAUGAGGAUAGAGGAUCCGUCGCUGUUGAAUGGCCGAGUGACUCUGCACCAUGCCAAGGCAGGAGCCGUGCUGGCCAGGCAGGGAGAUCAGGACGUGAGUCUGCACUUUGUGCUGUCGGGCUGCCUGCACGCGUACCAGCGCAUGAUCGACAAGGCGGAGGCCGUGUGCCUGUUCGUGACUCAGCCGGGUGAGAUGGUGGGCCAGCUGGCCGUGCUGACGGGCGAGCCCCUCAUCUUCACCAUCAAGGCCGUGCGCGACUGCACCUUCCUCAAGAUCUCCAAGUCCGACUUCUACGAGAUCAUGAGGGAGCAGCCUAACGUGGUGCUGAGUGCGGCCCACAUGGUGGCCAUCCGCAUGUCCGCCUUCGUGCGUCAGAUGGACUUCGCCAUCGACUGGAUGGCAGUGGAGGCCGGCCGAGCCCUUUACAGGCAAGACGACCAGUCCGACUGCACCUACAUCGUGCUGAACGGCCGUCUGCGUUCGGUCAUCCGCAAGGCCAACGGCAAGAAGGAGCUGGUGGGGGAGUACGGUCGAGGAGACCUCAUCGGGGUGGUGGAGGCCCUGACUAGGCAGCCGCGGGCCACCACAGUCCACGCUGUCCGUGACACAGAGCUGGUCAAGCUGCCCGAGGGGACGCUCAACAACAUCAAGAGACGCUACCCACAGGUGGUGACGCGCCUGAUUCACCUGCUGGGCCAGAAGAUACUGGGGAACCUGCAGCAGGCCAGGGGACCCUUCUCAAGCUCCACGUUGGGCCUGCCCUCGCUGGGCUCCAGUCCGGACGUCACGAACCCCGCCAGUAACCUCUCCACCGUGGCCGUGCUGCCCGUCUGCGACGACGUGCCAAUCAAUGCCUUCAACUUGGAGUUAAGCCACGCCCUCAGUGCCAUCGGCCCCACAUUGCUGCUGACCAGUGACAUCAUAAGAGAGCGACUCGGGGCAUCAGCUCUCGACAGUAUCCACGAGUACCGUUUGUCCGGCUGGCUGGCCCAGCAGGAGGAUAUCAACCGCAUCGUGCUGUACCAGACGGACAGCAGCAUGACCCCCUGGACCCAGCGCUGCAUACGCCAGGCAGACUGCAUCCUCAUCGUGGGCCUGGGAGACCAGGAGCCCGCCCCCGGACAGCUGGAGCAGAUGUUGGAGAACACGGCGGUGCGCGCCCUCAAGCAGCUGGUGCUGCUCCACAGGGAAGAUGGCCCGGGCCCGGCCCGCACCGUGGACUGGCUCAACAUGCGCAGCUGGUGCUCCGGACACCUGCACCUGCGCUGCCCGAGACGCGUCUUCUCACGACGCAGCCAGGCCAGACUGAGGGAGGUCUAUGAGAAGGUGUUUGAGAAGACUGCUGAUCGCCAUAGUGACUUCUCUCGUCUGGCGCGAGUGUUAACCGGUAACAGCAUCGCCCUGGUACUGGGAGGAGGAGGGGCCAGGGGUUGCUCCCAUGUGGGCGUGAUCAAAGCCAUGGAGGAGGCGGGCAUCCCCAUCGACAUCGUGGGCGGCACCUCCAUCGGCUCCUUCAUCGGCGCCCUGUACGCAGAGGAGCGCAGUGCUGUGCGCGUCAAACAGCGGGCACGGGAGUGGGCCAAGGCCAUGAAUUCUGUCUUCAAGACGGUGCUGGACCUGACGUACCCCAUCACCUCCAUGUUCUCUGGCUCGGCCUUCAACACCAGCAUCUCCAACGUCUUCGAGGACAAGCAGAUCGAGGACCUGUGGUUGCCCUACUUCAAUGUGACGACGGACAUCACCGCGUCGGCCAUGCGCGUUCACCAAGACGGCUCAGUGUGGCGCUAUGUUAGAGCCAGUGCCUCCUACACCCCCUAUUUACCGCCUCUCUGCGACCCCAAGGACGGCCACCUGCUUGUGGAUGGUUGCUAUGUAAACAAUGUCCCAGCCGACAUCGCCAGGACGCUUGGUGCCAAGACGGUCAUCGCCAUCGACGUGGGCAGCCAAGACGAGACCGACCUGUGUAACUAUGGCGACAGCCUCUCUGGCUUCUGGUUGCUGUGGAAACGGAUCAACCCCUGGGCAGAAAAAGUCAAGGUGCCCGACAUGGCGGAGAUCCAGUCUCGGCUGGCGUACGUGUCGUGCGUGCGGCAGCUGGAGGUGGUGAAGAAGAGUGCCUAUUGCGAGUACAUCCGGCCGCCCAUCGACCGCUUCAAGACCAUGGACUUCGGCAAGUUUGACGAGAUCUACGACGUGGGUUUCCAGCAUGGCAAGCUGCUCUUCACGGGUUGGGCUCGCGGUGACAUCAUCCAGAACAUGCUGAAGGACCAUCGCUCGGCCGACUACAACGACAGCAAGAAGACGGACACGUGUGCGUGUACGGGAGCGGACUUCACUGACCUGGCGGAGAUAGUGUCCCGAAUCGAGCCAGUCUCAGGCUUUGCAGCAGCUGAUGAAGGCGAGUCGGACUGUCUGACGGAGUACGAGGAGGACGGCAUGGACACGGUACGAGAGGAGGAGGGCGAGGAAGAGGAGGACGACGCCGACGAGGCAGAGGACCACUCGCCCGGAGAAUGGGGCCCCAAUGGAGUCUUCCAGGCGGACGUGUCCCAGGACGAGGAGAAGACUGUUCGCCAGCGCAAGAAGGCCGCCGCCACCGACUCUGAAAUGUCCGACAGCUAACGCCCACGGCUCCACCCCUGAACCCUGAACCCUACUGUACCCGAAGGCUAAGGGUCAUAGGUCAUCACGCAACGCAAGGGUCAACCUUUGGGGAUGGGACGGGAUGGGUGGACUGAUGGAGAGUCUAAGCCUUCAACACUCCACUCUGUCUACAGUGGAUGGAUACAUAAAUAAAUGGAUGGAUGGAUGGAUGGAUGUUGGUGGAGGUAGAGAGAACAAGUCCAGACACUCAUCACACCUUUCCGCUUCACUUUAUCUCCCAUGGAUGGAAGGAUGGAUGAAAAGACAAAAGAAGGGAGGUGGAGGGAGCUAGUGUAGCCCUCCACCACUCCUCCUCAAUUCCACUCCACUUUUCCACUCUGUCCCCCAUUUUUUGGUGGACCGCGCGCCCUCGCCCUUCGGACACAUCAAAGGAGCAGAGGAGAACCAAAGAAUUAAGUCCCCCUUGACUCUUUACUCUCCCAACGAGCUGGAGUGGAGUGGGGAUCAUAUACAGAGAGAGGACUCCUGCUGGGACCCAAUAAUAUUGGAAGUGUGCGUGCAUGCGCGUGUGUGUGUGUGUGUGUGUGCGCGCUCUCGUAUGUGUGUGUGUGUGUCUGUGUGUGUGUAGGCAUUCACACUCGUGUUUUUGACUUUGUCAACUUUGAGUGGUGUGUUUGCCCGCGCGCAUGUAGAAGUUCUCGUCUCUUCAGUAAAGUGUGUCUGCCGACACGAGUACGACUGCCAAUUGGCUGACGGAUGAGCGUGAUGGGCGGCACCGUGGACCAAACCAUUAACAAUGUGAACUGAUGACACCCUCUCCAUUCCACUCACCCUGGGAACAAGGGAAUGCGAGGGACGAUUAUUGUUGAGGGAAGUCUUUGUGCAUGAAUGCAUACAGGCUUGUGAGUGUGUGUGCGUGUGUGUGUGUGUGUGUGCGCGUGCGCGUGUGUGCAUGUGUGCGUUGGCUGGAAAAACUGCAUGUCACGUCUUAAUGUCUUAAAACUGAUUUUACCAAACUGUGAGGACUGAGUGCCAGAGUGGUACGGAGUAUCAUUUUAAACAACAUUACACAAGACCGCUGCAUCGUUAGCCAUUUAUUUUGUGUGACUGAAAUGAAAUUAAAUGAAAGGGGCAUUUUGAACGUUGUCAUGGCAGCAGAGCAGAGGGAGAGGUGGGUCAUGGGUAAUGUGGUGACGUAGGGAUGGAUGGACUCCGAUGAAGAUGUCCGGUAACACUUUACUUGGCGCCGACGUCAUACGCAUUACAUAAGUGUCAUGACAUUGUCAUAAUGCAGUCGUGCAUGUGUCAUAAACAUUAUGUCAAUGUCAUGAACAUUUUAUGAGUUAUGUCUCUAAGUGAAAUUCGGUGAUGGUAAAGACAGGCCUAACAAUGUCAACAAUUUGACACUAUUAUGAAACUGUUUGUUAUGUCAUACGUAUGACACCGGCGUCAAGUAAAGUGUAACCGAUGAUCCACUAACUAUAUCCAGUGGAGCUGGACCAGAGGGAAGAAAGAAAGACGUUGGUGUCGUUGUGUGCUCUCAUCAGGCCCCAAUAAAACAUUUGGGUUCCAGCUGCCAAAAGGUAAUUCAAUUAAAUGAAAUCUUUAAAGUCGAUCUGUAUUUUAAAAAAAAAUGUUGGAGUGUAGGAUGGGAUUUGUUCAAGACACCUGGGAUGGACCACUCUCUUGGCAGGCUUAGCUUUAGUAUUAGAUUAGGAGAGGAAUAUGGGGCGAAAGCUUUGUCCUAAAACAUGUAGAUUUACUGUAGGGAACUUAACAUUUCAAAAAUGGAUUUUUACUGACUUAUCUAGACGUAGGUGGGACACCAAGUGAGAGAUGGAGGAUGCCUGAUCGGAGAUACUGAGUGAUGACACUGAGACAAGGAUUAAAUGUAGGAAGGGUAACACUUUACUUGACGCCGGUGUCAUAAGCAUGUCAUUACAGUGUCAUAAUGGUGUCAUGACUCAAUCGUAGAUAAGUCAUAAACAUUAAACAUAAACAUUGUCAUAAACAUUACAACUGUCACUUAUGGCCUUGUGACUGUUGGCCUCAAGUGACAUUCGGUUAUAGCAAAGACUUUGCCAUAACCGAAUGUCACUUAAGGCCAACAGUCAUAAAAUGUUUAUGACAUGGACAUAAUGCUAAUGACACGUGCAUGACAGUAUUAUGACACUGUAAUGACAUGCUUAUGACACCGGCGUCAAGUAAAGAGUUACUGUAGGAUUGCUCUGGUUGGUAACAAGCUGAGGAGGUAGGUAGGGAAGAAAGUAAAGGAAUAUGCAUGAGUGACAUUUAGAGGUGCACCAAAAAUUCGGCCGCAGAAAAUAUUCGGCCGAAAACGCCAAAAAAAAGACUUUAGGUUUUCGAGUGGCCGGAUCAGAGGCCGACUAGAAAAUGAAUUGAAAAUCGGCAUUAAUUUAACUAAUUUCAGUUCUAAGUGAAUCUAGGAUUUGAAGAUUUCAAAGACACAUUUAUUUUCUUUCAAAAACAUGUCUAAACAUUUCUUGUAAGCCGUAGAUUUAAGCAAUAUUUAAAAAUAGUGAAAAACAUAACUUUUGAUGACUUUUAACUGAAUUUUAAUAUUCGGUUUUGGUUUCGGUAUUCGGCCAAGUGAUUAAUUAUUAUUUGGUUUCGGUUUCGGCCACAAAUUUUCAUUUCGGUGCACCUCUAGUGACAUUGCAUAGAACUGAUGUAGGGGAAGAGGAAGGGGCCAUCAUUUGUGUGCAUGUGUGUGUGGUAUGUGUGUAUGUAUGAGUGAUAAAGACACUUGAGAGAAAGCAGGUUUAAUAUAUUAGCAAAUGGUAUCAAACUGUGGACCUUUUAAGAAUUGUUUUUUUUUUUCCUGUAUAUGUGGGUCUGCUUGCACAUACGUGAAUCGUGUGCGCGAGGGCGUGCUACUGUACUUGCAUAUUUGCCUUGCCACAUUGUGACAUGACGUUCCCCUGUGCUGUUUUCUUUUGUUUUUGUUUUUUUUUAAUGUGUGUUGCGUUCGUUAAAGGAGGGCCACCCUUCUGCUUUUAAUCCCUCCUCCAAGAAAUAAAAACGGAGGAUGCCUUUUUACAGGAGUUGCACAGCAGGUCCACCUCCAAUACCAGAGCCCCCUGAGUGGACUCAGGCGUGUGCGUGCGUGCGUGCGUGCGUGCGUGCGUGCGUGCGUGCGUGCGUGCGUGCGUGCGUGGGUGUGUGUGUGUGUAGCGACUCAGGAUCCAUUACACACGUGUACAGAACUUGUUAAUACCCUUCACCCAACUCUAAAUAACUAAUUUAUGUUGACUGAGAAUGGAUAAGAGUGGAGUGAAUACUUCUUUUCUCUCCACAGCGGACUGUACUGUAAAAACACUCAUAAAUUAAUAUUAACUAAAAGUCUAUUAUGAUGAUUUAACACAGAUUACAGUAUUCCCAGUCUCUGGGGAUUUAAAAAAAAGGAUUUGCCACUUUCUUCUGGUAUGUGAAGACGGAUUGCAAAUGAUGGGAGUGGGAUGCCGAUUAAUUUUUUUUUUAAUUAAUUUAUUUCUGUUUUUACCACUGGAUUUUGUUUAUUAUUAUUAUCAUUGUUUAUUUUUAACGCUGGGAAAUAAUCUGUAUGGACGUUUGCCAUCUGGACAUGAGUGAUAAAGACUCUUGUACAGGGCAGGGUCAUUGCCAUUUUUAUUUAGAUUUAUUGCGGUUUUUUUGACUGAUUGUAAAUGGAAGUUUUUGUUUUUGUUUUUCUGAAAGGGAAUGUUGUCAAGAAGAGAUUACAUUUUCAUUCCUAGGACCUGAAAUUUAAAGUAUUUAGAACAAAAAAAAGAUGAAUGAUGAUGAAUAAUAAAUCUAAAAUCCACCUGA